AUGGCAUUUAUCGUCGGCAAUUCCCAGUCCAAGAACACGUAUAGCAUGAGUAUUUCAGGUGAUGCUUCCGAUGUAAAGUUCAAUAUUAUGGAUAGUGCAGCCAAAGCCAACAACACACCAGUUCAAGCAGUGAUGAACAGUGCUGGUAAAACUGUAAGCAAGAUAAUCGAGAGUGGCGGUGAUUUAUUAACCGCACCAGUAGUCUGGUUCAAACACAUGCAACAAAAUUGGAUUCUGUACAUGGUUGUUCUUGCAAUCAUCCUUGGAUCGAUUGCAUUUUUAUACUGUGCUUUUCUAUUCUAUUGCAAUCGCAAAACGAACAGCACAGAUCGAAAUCAACUUAUUGAACUGGCAAAAAUUAUUGGCAACAAAAUAGGUACAACUCAAUCCCCACUGGCCAUCAUGACGCCGACACCGCCCAGUCUCCCAUAA